UAUUAAUCUCUUCUAUAUGUCUUGUAAAUAUCGUUGUAAUGUAACCCAGCAUCAUUCCUGAUGAUGACUAAAACAUAGUCAAAAGCUAGAAUAUAUUAAUUUCCUUUUUAGAGUUACCGUUGUUUUGCAAAAAUACUAAAUGGUUCUCGUUUAUCAGGUAUGUGCAAAGCUGGUUUCGCCGGCAACGAUGCACCAACAGUUGUUUUUCCCUCCAUCGUUGGUCAUCCUCGAGGUGUGAUGAGCGAGAAAGAUACAUAUGUUGGCGACGAAGCCCAAAGCAAAAGAGGUAUCCUUACCUUGAAAUACCCCAUCCAACAUGGCAUCAUCACAAACUGGGAUGAUAUGGAAAAGGUAAGGUUUUUAUGCUUCGUUUUAUGUUGUCGUUUUCGCUUUGGCUUGUGGUUAGCGCCCAUUCUUCUAUUUGUUUUAGAUCUGGCAUCACACAUUUUACAACGAACUCCGAGUAGCACCAGAAGAACACCCCAUCCUCCUUACAGAUGCUACCUUAAACACCUUCAACUCAAAACCCCAACGAGAAAAAAUGACACAGGUUUACACGUUUAAUAGCCAUAUUUGUACUUUUGUAGAUUUAUGAUAAAAUUGCUUCACAGCUGUCUAGUUACUUCUGAUGUUAAGUAUUUUAUGAGACAAGAAUAUACUUACUUUUAAUUUAAUAUGCCCUGGAAAGAUGUGGCACAGAGCUUUCAAAAUAAGCAGCCGGCGGUUACUUUUUUCCGUUCUUGAAACAUCAAUUCUGUUCUCUUUCCUCCAAUGUAAGCUUUCAAACAAAGUUAUUUUUCCUUAAGCAGGUCUACUUUAUAGCCUGGUCAUUUGAGAAAACGACAUACUAUUUCGUAAAACUGAUUUAGUUAUUUGCCAUGUUGAAUCAUGAAGUCUUCUUGUUGAAGAAUGAAAGUAGUGAUACAUUAUAACUUGCUACAGAGCUCAGUUGUGUUGCUAUCUAAUCAAUAUACACUGAUUAAUUUGGAUGACUUUAAGACUCCCUAGUCGUGCCCUUCCCUGCAGCCGCCUACUUUAUCAACACAGCCACCUGGCACCUACCCAGAAUAGUUCUGAAAGCCCUGGGCACUGUAAACAGUUCCAUUUUUUAAUUAGAUAAUUUCAAUUCUAAAAUGGUGACUAUUUGACAAAGAAUUGAUUAUAUUUUUAUAUUUUACAGGUCAUGUUUGAGACCUUCAACACCCCAGCUAUGUAUGUAGCCUUUGGGGCUGUGUUGUCUCUGUAUGCUUCUGGUCGUACCACAGGAUUUGUGUUCGACAGUGGUGAUGGUGUCUCCUACACUGUACCAAUCUAUGAAGGUUAUGCCUUGCCUCAUGCCAUCCAUCGUCUUGAUUUGGCUGGCCGUGAUCUUACCGACUACCUGAUGAAAAUCUUGAGCGAGAGAGGUUACUCAUUCACCACAACCGCUGAACGAGAGAUCAUCCGUGACAUCAAAGAGAAGCUGUGCUAUGUCGCUCACACAACCCAUGAAUGGGAAAUUCUCAAUGAUUUCGGAUUGAAGCUGUCGUAUGCCAAUCAAGGUAUUUACCAAGAAAAGGAAACAGCAACAACCAGUUCUAGCUUGGAGAAGGCGUACGAGCUUCCUGACGGUCAAGUUAUCACCAUUGGUAACGAGCGAUUCAUAUGCCCAGAACCACUCUUCCAACCAUUUUUCCUCGGAUUGGAAUGUUACGGUAUCCAUGAAACCUGCCAUAUGUCCAUCAUGGAAUGCGAUGUCGACAUCAGGAAAGAUCUGUAUGCUAACAUCGUGUUGUCUGGUGGUUCUACCAUGUUCCCUGGUUUUGCCGACAGAAUGCAAAAAGAAAUCACUGCUCUCGCUCCACCCACAAUGAAAAUCAAGGUGAUUGCUCCUCCAGAAAGAAAAUACUCUGCCUGGAUUGGUGGCUCCAUCUUGGCUUCCCUCUCGACCUUCCAACAAAUGAGUAUCUCCAUGCAAGAAUAUGAUGAAACUGGUACAUCUAUCGUUCACCAAAAAUGCUUCUAAGUUUAGUGACUUUCUAAUCAUGAUAACAUUUAACGAACUGCGGUUGUAAAAUUUAAGAUAAUCUUGUUCCAAACAAUGAACCAAAUUGUUUAUAUUUUUGGAGAAGAGUGCCUUGGAGGUGUGACUGUCUGUACAGUUCAACAGUGACAGAAUUAGAUUAUACAAAACUUUGAAAAUUCAAUUUAUAAUUAACUAAAAAAUACAUUUCUUUUCUAAAACUGUUGUUGGCUUUUCUAGAUUAUGUUAUAUUAUGUUGGACACUUGCCUUGC